GCGGAGUCGGCACGCGCGUCUCACGCUCGGGACUCGGCUCGUUUCUUUCUCGUCGCGCGAGCUACGCGUAUGCUUACCGGCGCGCCGACGCGCGAGAUGUGCUUGCUUUCUUUCGGCUUUAAUUGGCCGGCAAGCUAAACGAGCGCCGUCCGUCCGUAGUUUUUGGCGUCGCCGUUCGUUGGUCCGAUCCAUUCGACGAUCGGAGAUCUUGGACCGAGUUGGCACGCUCCUUGCCGGAACGCGGCGAAUCUCCGCGGAGAGACUUCGCCCGAGGAACGAGAAAGAAACGUGCGUCGGACGGCUGAAGCUGCGAAAAAAGGGCUCGAAGCGCAGCGGUCCGCUGCUUUUUAUCAUCGCACACGACGCCGUGUCAGCGCGAAGGAAAGAGGAGAGAGAGAAGAAACGAAAAGGGGCGCGUGGGUGGGGGCAACGGGCAUAAGUAAGCGCGUGCUUUAGGAAAAGUCUCCACUCGGCGAUAUAACACCGCGCGAGCGCUAAAAGUGGCCAAAUGUGCUUUCUCGCUUCUGUCUCGCACUGACGCACACGCGCGCACGCCGAGGAUGCGAGUCAGUGACAAAGUGUGGUAAAGUUCUUCUCUCUUCCCUGGACGCAGCUGUGCCGACAAUAUAUGCUGGACGUUGGCAAGGAUGACGCGCCGACUCCUCCCGCUGGUGAUGGUACUGCUGCUGCUGCUGCUGCUACUGACGUCGCUCGAGGCGGUCGCGGCGGUCGCGGCGGCCGAGCGGCGAUCGGCGUGGAAGAGGAGCAGCAGCGAGGCUUCGAGCGUUGACUACCCGGCGCCGCAGUGGACUUACCAGGACGCGCCGGAGCCGGAGGCGAGCGAGAUCCGCCGACGGCGCAAGCAGCGCCCGCGAAGGCCCGAGAGCGAGGUCUACUUCGUUAGGCUGCCGCCCGCGCCGUACAGCUACGUGGAGGGCCUGGGCUUCGUCUCGCGGCCGGCGCUCUUCGACCCGGCCUCGCUGCCCAGGCCCAAGCCCAGGCCGCGACCCGUCGUCCAGCUGCCCGUCGACUUCGUGAGCAACGGCAAGCCGACCAAGGUCUACCGCUACCCGCAGAACGGGGCCGACGGCCCGCUGGUCAGGCUGGACCGCGGGCCGUACCGCUUCAACGGCAGCCCGGCGGGCGUCUACGUCGUCAAGAGGACCAAGAAGCCCAGGCGCAAGCCCGUCGUCACGAGCGUCAGGAAACGCGUGGUGAUGAAGCAGUAGGCCGACUCGCGCGGUCGCCGACGAGCUUUCCGCUACUUUUGUAAAUACGGACCAUUUUUUACGGCUUGAGCGUCCGCUGAUUUUUCUCUCUUUUCACGUUGACCGCUGUUCUGCGCGAACGGCGCGCUUCGGCGAACUCUUCACUUGUGUAAUCUGCGCUGUAAACUUAUCAGAGCUUUGCGAAUAAAAUUGUAUCGCUCCGUUUCGAACCCGUCAGGGUGAAAUUCUGUCGUUUCUCUUUAACGAGUUUCAGGAAUACCGAAUUUGGAUUAGUGCCGAUCUCUUUGUUACUAAUUGUCACUUUCCGAGUGUAAACUCAAGAGGCGCGUUAAAAUUGCCUUGAAUUCAGAAAGAGAAAAAAAAAAGACGUUGGUAGCGUACGCCUAUAAUAAAUCUCCUCCAAUUAGUUGUGAUGGACGACCGAAGAAAACAUCUUUCGUGAAAUAAUGCUUCCGUAUAUGCGUAUAAAAAAGCACAUAUCUCGUCUUUCCGUGCUGGUGGCCGCGCACAGCCCAAUGAGAAGCAAAAUUCGUCCGCAUAAUUUAUCACCUAGCCUUCUUUCUCUUUAACGUUGCGCACGAGUGUAAUUAAUUUACCGCAUACAUUACCAUUCCUGCGGUGCAAUUCGGUUGCCGAUGCAAUUAAGAACGGAAAGAGACGGAGGCCAUAUCGUUUGGCGAAUCCAUGUAAAUAUAAAAUGACGAACCGCGAAUUAUCCACUUAUCUUCUCCCGGAGCGAAGAGGUCGAGCAGAUGAUCAGGGAAAAAAAUGCGCGUGGUGACUGCCUUGAAGGCGCGAGAGCAGCAGUACACAAUCGAUCCUUAUCUCGCGCACCUCAACCGUAGCAGUGGCUCUCAUCUCCGGCGAUGUAUUUUUUUAAGGUGGAAAAUGAAGAUCAUUCGGGUCAUUGAACGACACUGUCUUAUGUAAUAAUUACGUAUAAAUAGUUUUUAUUGUGCUCGGAUUGCGACUUGUAUAAUAAAAAAUAUCAAAGAGUUUAAUUAUCAUCCAUGCAAGAUUAUCAAAAAACCACACGCAUACAUCGCUGUCUCGCAUGCCUCAGGCAAAUGUAAAAUAAACGAGAAGUAUAAAAUUCUCACGCGCGCUUACGUACUUAUCUACAGCUGUGUUUCUUUUCUCUUCUACUUAGCAGUCUUUUCAGAGGAGAUGUCUCCCCGCGCCAGAGUCGCGCGCAUAUCAGUCUGUCUUUUUCCAUUUAAAGAAAAAUAAUAAAGAUUAAG